GCGAUUUACCGAGGCCCCCUAACGUCAGGCAGCGGUGGCUGGGGAGCGCGGUCCGUGGCUGGGAAAGCACGGCCCGCCUCGCCGAGGCCUCUGGCACAGCGGUCCGGGUAAAUCCCUAGAAGGCGGAACUCGGAGGCCGAGCACAUCCAGGAACUUGCCAAGGUGGCGCUUCCGGUCCAACCGGAAGCGCUCCGCCUGGAACUACCACUCCCAGCAGUCCGCGCGGCGCGUCCCGGUCGACGCCGGGCCGGGGCCGGGGUGGGGGGGCGGCCGCCAUUGUCCGCUGCUGAGGUGAGGCGGUCGCCCAGUUGGUGGGGUUGCUACUGCUGCCGCUGUCGCUGCCGCUGCCGCCGCCGCCGCCGCCGCCGGCCGGGAGGGUCGGGAGAACGGGUGGGGAGAGCCGACGCCUACACUCGCGGCGGGCGCGACGCCAGGGCGGGUCCCUCGGCCCGCCUCCGGCCUCGCGGCCGCGCUGGAGCAGCUGGGCGGGCCCGGGUGAGCCCUGCGCGUCGGGCCUUUGUCCCCCGGGCGGGAACCCCAGACGCACGGGCGAGCCGGUCCGAACGUCCCCGGCGAAGCAAACGCGAGCUUGUUAAGUCGCCCGCGAAGAGCGGCGGGCACCGGCCCGCAGGGGUGCGAGGCCGGUGGCUGCGAACCAGGUGGGUAUUGCAGUUGCUUUCAGUAAUCACCCAAAUCCACUGCUCCUGGGCAAGUUCCUGGUGGAUUAAUCCUGCAGCAUGGCAGCCAUCAACCCGUGGGCUUCCUGGGGUAUCCUUACGGACCAGUCCUGGGGGAUGGCUGCUGUUGACCCGUGGGCCUCCUGGGCUCUGUGUCCUCAGGACUCUACCUGGUGCGUGGAGAAGACCCCUGAGGAGAGGAGGAGGGCCCCCAGGCUUCUGACAGCCCAGGCCCAGGAACCAGUGACCUUCAAGGAUGUGGCUGUGGACUUCACCCAAGAGGAAUGGGGGCAGCUGGACCCUGUUCAGAGGACCCUGUACCGUGAUGUGAUGCUGGAGACCUAUGGGCAUCUGCUCUCUGUGGGGAAUCAGAUCGCCAAGCCCGAGGUCAUCUCCCUGUUGGAGCAAGGAGAAGAGCCGUGGUCAGUGGAGCAGGCAUAUCCUCCUCAAGGCACUUGUCCAGAAUGGAUGAGAAAUCUUGAAAGCAAAGCGUUGAUCCCAACACACAGCAUUCUUGAGGAGGAACAGUCCCAUAGCAUGAAGUUGGAGAGAUACAUAUGGGAUGAUCCUUGGUUCUCCAGGUUAGAAGUUUUGGGAUGUAAAGACCAAUUAGAAAUGUAUCACAUGAACCAGAGUACAGCUAUGAGGCAAAUGGUCUUCAUGCAAAAGCAAGUACUGUCUCAAAGAGGCUCUGAGUUCUGUGAACUUGGGGCAGGGUGUAGCCAGAGCCUAAGCAUUGUUCCAUCUCAGAAAGUUUCUCAAAUAGAACAUUUCUAUAAGCCUGAUACAAAUGCUGAAAGUUGGAGAUGUAACUCAGCCAUAAUGUAUGCAGAUAAGAUUACCUGUGAAAAUAAUGAGUAUGACAAAGCCUUCUACCACUCCAUGCAACCUGUUCACCCUGCAAGGGUGCAAACUGGAGAUAAUCUUUUCAAAUGUACUGAUGCUGUUAAAUCUUUCAAUCAUAUACUGCAUUUUGGUGAUCAUAUGGGAAUGCAUACAGGAGAAAAACUAUAUGAAUAUAAGGAAUGCCAUCAAAUCUUUAACCAGAGCCCAUCAUUUAGUGAACAUCCAGGACUUCAUAUUGGAGGAAACCAGUAUGAUUACAAAGAAUAUGAGAAUAUCUUUUACUUUUCAUCCUUUAUGGAACAUCAAAAAAUUGGUACUGUAGAGAAAGCAUAUAAAUACAAUGAAUGGGAGAAAGUCUUUGGGUAUGACUCAUUCCUUACACAGCAUACAAGCACUUACACUGCAGAGAAACCCUACGAAUAUAAUGAAUGUGGGACGUCUUUCAUCUGGAGCUCUUACCUUAUCCAACAUAAGAAAACUCAUACUGGAGAGAAACCCUAUGAAUGUGAUAAAUGUGGAAAAGUUUUUAGGAAUCGUUCAGCCCUUACUAAACAUGAACGGACUCACACUGGAAUCAAACCCUAUGAAUGUAAUAAAUGUGGAAAAGCCUUCAGCUGGAAUUCUCAUCUUAUUGUACACAAGAGAAUUCAUACAGGAGAGAAACCUUAUGUAUGUAAUGAAUGUGGGAAAUCUUUCAACUGGAACUCCCAUCUUAUUGGACAUCAGAGAACUCAUACUGGAGAGAAACCUUUUGAAUGUACUGAAUGUGGGAAAUCUUUCAGCUGGAGCUCCCAUCUUAUUGCUCACAUGAGAAUGCAUACUGGAGAGAAACCCUUUAAAUGUGAUGAAUGUGAAAAAGCUUUUAGGGAUUACUCAGCCCUUAGUAAACAUGAAAGAACUCACUCUGGAGCAAAACCAUAUAAAUGUACUGAAUGUGGAAAAUCCUUCAGCUGGAGCUCCCACCUUAUUGCCCAUCAGAGAACUCACACAGGAGAGAAACCCUAUAACUGUCAGGAGUGUGGCAAAGCAUUCAGAGAACGUUCAGCCCUCACUAAACAUGAAAUAAUUCAUUCUGGAAUUAAGCCCUAUGAAUGUAAUAAAUGUGGAAAAUCCUGCAGCCAGAUGGCUCACCUUGUUAGACAUCAAAGGACUCAUACUGGAGAGAAGCCCUAUGAGUGCAAUAAAUGUGGAAAAUCCUUCAGCCAGAGUUGCCACCUUGUUGCCCAUCGGAGAAUCCACACUGGUGAGAAACCCUACAAAUGUAAUCAAUGUGAAAGAUCCUUUAACUGUAGCUCUCAUCUUAUUGCACACAGGAGAACUCAUACUGGAGAGAAACCAUAUAGAUGUAAUGAAUGUGGGAAAGCAUUUAAUGAGAGUUCUUCCCUUAUUGUACAUCUGAGAAACCAUACUGGAGAAAAACCCUACAAAUGUAAUCAUUGUGAGAAAGCUUUCUGUAAGAAUUCUUCUCUUAUUAUUCAUCAGAGAAUGCAUAGUGGAGAGAAACGCUUUAUAUGCACUGACUGUGGAAAAGCCUUUAGUGGUCACUCAGCCCUACUUCAACACCAGAGAAAUCAUAGUGAAGAGAAACUCUGUGAAUUGAAUUGAUGAGAGAUUUUUCUUUUAUUGUACAUUUGAUAACACAUUGAAAAAAACCCUAUAAGUAUAAUCAAGAGGGGAAAUUUUUAAUACGAGUUCAGUAAGACUUCUCCCCUUAUUAAUCAGUAGAAAUUAUCUUCGUAGAAGAAACCUGUGAAUGAAAAGAAUAGGCAAAAGCCUUCCACAGUUGUGUAGCCUUUAUUUAACAUCAAAUAAUUACAGUGAAGAGGACACCAGACUCCCCUCAUGGUCCACCAGGAAUCCUACUUGAGCAACAUGAACGUAGGGAAUGAGACAUCUUUUAGUAAGAGAUUUCAACUAUUUGUGGAUCAGAGUGCAUUGUUAAAGGAAAAACUUUAUCCUAGGAAAAGUGUUUCAACUAGAAAUACGCUGUUUUGCAUCAAGCUGGAAUAUUGGAUGGAAGCUUUACAAUAACAUUUUGUGCAUCAUUACGGAAACACAGAUUGUGCUAUUAUAAGGGGAGGGUCUGGGUGCCCUUUAAGGAAUAGAAUGUGGAAUACUAAACCUGAAUUUAAGGGAAAAAAAGUGUUGAAUGGGAUAUUUACUGUUGAUUGAGAUUAACCUUAGAAAAGAUUAGUAAAUGAGAUUAACUAAUGAUGGAAAUGUAUUGCCCGUAAGUAUGAGACUGAUGUUGUUGGAACAAAAGGUGAUACUUAAUAACCCAGUGUGUCAGUGACCAUGGUUUACUCAUUACUGCAUUGUUGGACAAUUAGUUUGUAAUCUGUUUUAGGCAGUCACUGUAAGUUAUAAUUAUGGAUACUGAGUCAAUAUACAUAACAAAAAAAGGAAUAAAAAGGACACAAAAUUGUAUAUACAUAUCUACUAUAACAUCUAAAAAGUGUAUAUGCAUAACGACUGGAAAGACCCAUGGAUAGAUUAACCCAGUUAAGGUUUUUUUUUUAAGUUUUACAAACACAUACAGCACUUAUCAUGUGCUAGACUUUGUUUUAAAUACUUUUCAAAUAUUAACUUGUUCAGUCCCCUUAAUUCUAUGAGAUAGGUACUAUUAUUAUCCCAGUUUUACAAAGGGAGAAACUGAGGCAGAAAUCAUGAGAAACCUACCUAAGGACACAGUUAGUUAGGAGUAGAAAGAUUGUUUGGCUCCAGAGAUUGUUUUAACCACUGUAUUGCACUGCCUCUGCAGUGAUUUUUUUCCCCUAAUUUUUUUUUUUUUAAAUUUUGUUCAGUGUUCUUAUAGUAGAUAUUUGAUAAUAAAAAUCAAAUUCCUAAAGAAUGAGAAGUAAAGUUACCUGGCUUUCUGCCCUGUGGGAUUUUGGGUAGCAUGAGAGCAAAGCUCCCUUUGGAAUAUGAAGUCUGGAUUGGACAUUCAGAAUCAGUGCAUUUUCUGGGCUCUGCGUUCCCUAGAAUUUCACCACCUAUGACCCUGAAGAUUACAGCAGAGCAGGGGCUGGAGGACUCACUGGAGGUUUGGGCAAGUCAGAGGAAAUGCCCCUUGAUGGGUUUAGAAUGCCCUUCAUGAGGCAGAGGGCAAGAGACACAUCUGCACAUGAGAGCACCAUUUCUCAAGAUCUCCCUAGAAUUCAAUGUUUAUAUUUUCUUUAUCUUCUCCAGAUGAAGAGAUUACUUGAUAGUAGGGAGGAUUCAGAAGGGAAGGGAGCUAAUCAGUCAUAAAAUGAGGAAGUUUCUCUGAGUGCUCAGAGUGGAAAGGGGGCAAGAUGGAUAGCGUUGGGUGGCGUUUCUUCGGUUCACAAAUAUUUUCUGUAUUUCCCUAAGGUAGGGCUAUAAUUAGGGGCCAGCAGGCCUUCCUGGAUGGGUUUCAAAGGCAUUGGUUAGAAAUCCAGGGUACAGAAGGUUCAUCUAGUUCUCGAGGGGUCCAUGACUCUCCAGUGGUUGAGAAAAAGUGGCCUGCUGGUAUGGUGGGACUCUGUGCUCACUGUCAGACUCCCGUAGCUGGCGCUUCCAUAGGUAUGUAACACUGACCCUACCUUAAUGUAUAGGGGUUGCCCAGUAAAGGUUGCAGGGGUAAAUUAAUUGGAUUUCUUGUGUGAUUUGUGCAGAGAUCCUUGGAGAGAUUAGAGGCAGCACUAUUAACCUCUGUAAGAGACAGCAGCCUAAUGCAUCAAGAGGUGUAUUGCCAACAUAUGGGUAUUGUAUUCUAACACCAAAAGUAAUAUACU